AUGAAGAAAAUUAAGAAUUAUGAAAGAGGCUUGAACUUACAAAACAAAUCCUUUUAGAAACAUUGUAACACUAAAUACAUAGAUAUGCAAAAUUAAGUGAUCAUAUGA